UGGUAGCUGAGGUCCUCUAGUACGAGUACGACCAUGGGUCUGUGGGUACUUGUUUCUGGGUAUGACCACUAAGGUUUACUCGCAAAGGUGUAAAGAGUUCUACGUUUUCUACUAUCCUGCCUUCACUCUGAAAUGAAUGAAACCGAGGAGCCAAUGGAGAUGGAUUCUAGCCUAUCUUUCGAAACUGAGAAGCUUCUUGAUCCAGGAGACUCAAAAAUUUCCCUCAAUGAAUUGUGCAAACCAGCUAUCAUAGAUGUAAAUAACACAAACCAGGAAAGUCGUUAUGAAAAUCGAGGUGCUGAUUUUACAACUGGUAUUGAUAUAUUCGGAGAGGAAGAAAAACUGAAAAUGCAAGAGCGUGCAAAACGGUUUGGCCUAACUGAGCAAACUAAAAAUUCAAUACAAGAGCCGGAACUGUAUACCAGCCUAGGAAUAGCUGCAGAAAACGAUGCUAGUAAAUAUCUUAGACUCAAUGUUCUGCAUAUGCGAGGAACUGAAGAAAUGAGUACUAAAGAUGUAUUCAAAUAUUUUGAAGAUUAUGCUCCAGCUUCUAUCGAAUGGAUCAACGACAUGUCGUGUAAUGUUGUAUGGUUAGACGAUGUUACGGCUGCACGAGCAUUGUUGCGUCUUUCCAAAAGGAUCCACGGAUUAUGCGAUAAAGUUGAGGCUGAUAAAAAUAUUGCGUCGGAGACAAAUAAUUUUGAUGAGAACAGUCUUGCUAACAAAGAGUGUGUUAUCGAGGUUAUUGGAGAUGAUGCGAUGGAUUGUGUGGAAGAUAAGAAGAUUGAAAAUUCAAUAAACAUCAAAGAUAUAAAGUGCCCGCUACCUCCUGGAUUAUGGAGGAAAGGUGUCGACUGUCCAAAAUCUAAAAAUAUCCUUCUACGUUUUGCUACACGAUCUGACAAAAAACAACCAAAUGCUGAAAAAAUGAGCGAUUAUUACAGGAAGUAUGGAAAUCCUAACUUUGGGGGUAUUAGAGGAAUAUUGACAGAAUCACGUAAGCGUAUGUUCAAAGAAUUGAGGCAUGGGAAAAAAAGAUCAAAGGCUGAGGUUUCAGGGAUUCAUGAAACAGACCAAAAAAAUACGAAAAACCCGUGGGGUUCUCUUUCCCAAAGCUGGGGUGUGAAUGAUUUCACAGAGGACGAGUUUCUCAGUGGAAUUACACCGCCAUUGAAAGACCAAGGCACAAGUGUGAAAGAACGUCUCGGCUUUACGCCGGCCGCGAAAUUCGAUUCGGAAGAAUCGGAAAACAGCUCUGAAGCUGAACGCAGUGAAGAAUGGUGUAAGAGAAGCAAAGUAAUGAGAAUGCGCAUGCAUGCGGACGAUGAAGAAGCAAAAGUUCAGAAACGUAGAUUACAAAUCAGGAACCAGGUGGCCGCAAUCGGGACAUCCAAAAGCAAUGACUUACGAUCUAGGCUGGGUAAUCCUAGACCACCACCCGCUGUUUUUCGGGAUACCAUUCAGGUUGUAGUAGCCAACAGCCGAAUGAGCGCAUCGCAUCCUCCAAAUGACAAUAGAUCUGAGGUCAAGAAACACACUACAAAUUCACAGGAAGAACCUGCAGUAGAAGAAGAGGAUGAAGAGGAAGAAGGAGAAAUUGUAGAUGAUGAUAAAGAAAUUGGUGAAAAUUUGCAUGAUGAAAGUUGGGGUGGUCAUGACGAUCAAAGUGAAGAAGAUGAGGAAGAGGAAGAAGAUAGUGACGAGUCAGAGAAAGAGGUCCAGGGACCAAGGGGUAGUGUGAUAAAAGUGGUUCAACACAAGCCCCGGGUAGCCUCAACGGUCUGGGCUAGAUUAAACCAGAAGAGACCUGAAGAGAGCGAAACUCUGAAACAUAGACGUGAAACCAAGGGGGAUUUAAGAGAAACUUUGCGUGGUGAUCUGCGCUCACGACUUGGAAAACAAACUAGAGGACGUUCGCCACUUAGGAUAGAAGUGAAAAAUGAUAAGUAUGCAAAUGACGAUAGCGAUUCUGAAUGACCUCUUGUUAAGGAAACUACGAUAUGACAACUAAGUUAGGAACCAUUCAUUGUAGAAUGGUACAUGAAUGAAUAAUGUAAAAAGAAGCGUAUACUUUUGGAAUAGUGGUCACCUAAUAAAAGUCAGUGAUAAAGGAUUUGAAUUACAUUGAUUGGGGGAACUUAGUAUCUACAUGAGGGGUGAUUUUUCUACCAAUUUCUUGUUGGUAAUCAGGUUCAGUAUUUUGAACAGGUUUUGAUCUUGAGUAAUUUGUCUUGAAUAAAAUAUUAUCAUGACGUUUCAUUUUGAUUUUUGACAUAGUCACAACAAUGCUCACAGUAAUAUACCAUUUUCAAGUAUGUCGACGAGCAAUAUCAUACGGUAAAUCAGUGUUGUGAAAUAGUUCCAAUUGUAAAUUUCUAGGUAGACGAAUUUGAAAAUUUUAAUCCAAAUUCCAGCCUACUUUGCAUAAUUUGUAAAAAAGUAAUGAAAUCAUGAACACCUUAGAUUUACUAUCUGUAUAGUAACCCGAUAAUUCGUCCAUCAUCGAGAUAUACUCACUUAUAAGUUUAACAAUAAGUAUUUUUUAAUACGAAAGUGUGGGCUAAGUUUUAAAUGCAGUGUCAUUAAUGUACGCAAUAACUCUGUAAAAUCUGAAGAAAAAAAAAAACAAAUAAAUGAAAAAAUGUUAAUUUUUCAAAAA